GGUCAGAUCAGGACUAAACCAGUUUAAACCAGGUCCUCUGAGGUCACGCGCUGUAGAUAUUUUCUCUUUUUGGUUUAAGGUCACAUUUCAUGGACUUAUAGCCAAGUCUUUGUUUAGACCUGGCUUAGACCUGGUUUACUCCAAAUAAUUUAAUACAAAUUCCUUUAUGAAUUCUGUAGAUGUGCACAUUUACACAUCUAGCAUGACUGGAUAUGUUUCUUUAUGGUCGAUCUGUGCUUUUCGUGGCACAGAAGGGACUUUAAUAUUUUUACUGCACUAAAAUAGAUUAGGCUUUUGAAAAAACUAAUAGAUAAAGUGUGUAUGCAAGCUUACAACAUGCUUUGACAUGCACUUUUUGAAAUGAACUCUUCUGAAAUGCAUGUGGUUACUCAGGAUUGUAUCUGGGUUCAGUGGAGGAUGUGGCUCAUGUUUGAUUAUUAUUUGAAUGCGAUUUGACUCUCAUUUCAGUGCAAAUACCUGAAACUACUAAAGAUAUAGUACGUAUAUUUAGGUAUUUUAGGUUUAUGUAAGUAUUUUAUUAGGCAUUCAAAUUAUAAUUAAUUUGUUUAUCAGGAGAUUGAGAUGGUGAAAAAGUCUAAACCUGAACCAGGAUUAAUACUAUGACAAGUCAAUCUAAAAAGACUCAAACAGGUCGAGACAUAUACAAUAGAGUAUUUAAGGUGUAAUGAGUCUAAACCAGGACUAAAUCAGGUUACCCAGGUCUACUCAGGUCACGCACGUUAGACAUUUUCUCUUUUGGUUUUGUUUUGUGUCACUUAGUGUUGGACUAUUGCUAUGGUGCUGAAUAACAAAGGCUAAGGUCACAUUCUUUGGAAUUAUAGUUAAAUCUUUGUUUAGACCUGCCUUAGACCUGUUUUUGUUCUGUCGUAGAGCUGGUUUACUCCAAAUAAUUUAAUAUAAUUUUCUAAUAAAGUGUAUGAAUUCUGUAGAUGUGCACAUUUACACAUCUAUCAUGCUUGUAUGUUUUAAUGUUUGUUUAUGGUAGGUCUGAGCUUUCGUGUCUGUUUUAAUGUGAACUAGUGUGAGUUAUGAGGAGUUAUUUUGAAAACGUGCUCCCUCAGCCUGUUUUAUUGUUGUUGACUCUAGUUAAUGUAUAAUGAGUCCCUGAGGGUUUUGGAUCACAGCCCAGAGUCCAGAGGCCGCCAUUUGAAGAAUCAGCCAGAGACAUAUCAACUGUUGUGAGAAAGAUACUCAUUUGUUCAACUAUAUCAGAUGGAAACAUUCAUGAUUAGUUUUAGGUAAUGUCCUCCUUAAGAGUUCAUUUGCAAAAACAAAUAUAUAUGACAAUAUAGUGGAGUGGACUCACCCUGGCAGCACAGGAUCAGGCCUUGAGCACCAGGGCAAUAGAGGCCAAGAUCUACAAAGACCAAGUGUAAAGAGGUCCCUGAGACAGUUCAGGCUAGAACAUAACCAAGAUAAGAGGUAACCAAAGUAACCAAGAUAACCAAGGCAAGAUGCUGGCGGGUAGAACAAACAUGGAGCAGCACAACAUAGUGUACAGAAACAUCAGUGCAGAGUACAGACUGGGGACUCCACGGUCAAAGUGGGGAAUCUGUGGUGCCUGUGGUCAUUGGAACACUGGAGGACGCCACAGCAGAUCCCAGAAAAACAUCAGACAUCUCAGUCCAGAAGAGUGCAAUACCAGGAGUGCCCAGGCCCCUGGUAGGUCCUAUUGCUUCAAUGAAUGAGUCUCUCUGAGGGUGAGUCCAGACCAGUCCCAGUUCUUCAGUCGGGACAAAGUGUCUCUGAGCUGUGGAGACAUUGGACCCUGGGCUCUGAAGAGGAACACCAGCACAGAACAGAACAAGGCCUGUUCUGAAUGGGGGGCAGAUAUAAAAGGUUCUUCAUGCUCAAUGGCCCUGUUUCCCAUGGACUCUGGUGUGUACUGGUGUGAGAGGGACGGCAGCUCUACAGAGCCUGUAAACAUCACUGUUCGAGACAGGGGCGUGAUUCUGCAGGUGCCUGUGCUCCCUGUGUCUGUGGGACAAACUGUCAAUCUGACCUGUCGACAUCAGACUGACCCCGCCCUCCCAGCCCGUUUCUAUAGAGACGAACACUUCCUGUCGGAGCAGCCCGCAGGUCACAUGACCCUCCAGCAGGUGGCAAUGUUUGAUGAAGGCCUGUACCAGUGUGAGAUGAGAGGAGAGAAGUCACUGCCCAGUCGACUCCGGGUCAGAGCAGAUGAGAAAGUCCAUGUGAGCAGCCCCCCUCCAUCAGUGCAGCCUUCAGCCCAGUCUCCUGUCUCUCCUCUGGGCUCCUGGUCUCUGGUGCUGGGUUUGAUCGUCGGCUCAGUCCUGAUCCUUCUGGUUCUGCUGGUCCUGGUGGUGAGACGGUGCCAGAGACACACAGUCGAUGCCUGUCCAGAGGAGGAUGGAACUGAUGAUGUCACAUACAGCCACAUAUUACAUCAGCAGCAGAGGCAGCCAGUCAGACGCACAGAGAAAGAGAAGAAUCCGGUUUAUUCCUCUGUGAAAACUGCAGACGUCUGCUACUCUUCCAUCACCAUCAAAAAGACCAGAGGUAAAGGCCCAGGCAGACUCACAAAAAGAGAGACUGAGGAGAGUCCAGUUUACUCCUCUGUGAAAACUGAAGAUGUCUGCUACUCUCCCAUCACCAUCAACCAGACCAGAGAUCCAGCUACGAGGACCAAAGAAAGAACGCAAGGACAAAAAGAUCCAAGUCCCUACGCACAAAUCAGAGUCCGGACUAACCUGGAUUAAACCUUGAGACCUGAAGUCUCAAAUAAACCAGGACUAAACCAAGUCUCAAGUAAACCAGGACUAAUGCUACUAUCCCAUUGUCCUAGGACUUUCUGAGUUGUAAAUUCAAUCUGGGACACCCUUCCAUUUUAGAAUUCUGACUUGGAAACUCAGAGUUACAUAUGAAUUAAUUUUAUUUAAGUGUCAUGCACUCAUGUGCCCAGCCCAUAUGGGCUUUUAUGGCACUAUUAUCAAUAUACAUAAAGGAAGACGUCCAUUAAAAAUUCAGAACACAAAAUCCAACAGUCAUAAGUAAAUCACCCCCUAUCCGUG